CGGGUGUACGGACUCCGACAAGUAUAUAAGCGCGGAGCUCGAGCAGAGCCAGGUACAGUACUCGUCGUAUUCGUUCUGGUCACAACGGUGGACCAGGAAUCUCGGCAAGGAUGAAACUUUUGUUGGCUGUGACCGUGUGCGGGCUGGCCGUGAGCCUGGCGACCGCCGGGUUUCUCGGCGGAGGCGGCGGUGGGAGCUACGGCGGUGGAGGCUUUGGCGGUGGCGGACCCUGGAGAGGCGGAGGCGGCUUUGGCGGCGGAGGCUUUGGCGGUGGCGGACCCUGGAGAGGCGGCGGAGGCUUCGGAGGGUUCGGUGGAGGCCUAAAGGGAGGCUUCGGUGGAGGUGGCGGCGGCGGCCCUUGGAGAAGCGGCGGUGGUUUCGGAGGCUUUGGCGGUGGCGGUGGACCAUGGAGGAGUGGUGGUGGUGGCUUCGGAGGAGGUCUUAAGAGUGGCUUCGGAGGAGGCGGCUUUGGAGGCGGUGGUCCGUGGAGGAGCGGCGGUGGUUUCGGAGGCUUCGGAGGCGGUGGUGGUCCCUGGAGAGGAGGUGGCGGCGGCGGUUUCGGCGGAGGCGGAUGGAGAGCCGGCGGUGGCGGCUUCGGUGGAGGCGGCCGCGGAUGGUGGUAGAUGAGUUAAGCAGUGUCUGCGUCCCGGAACCAAGUCGACCUUUGUGAAGAGGCUGCAAAACUCGCGUUCGCCACUGCCAUCGGAGCGCAGGACGCUGCACCUCAAGCCUUACCGGGACCAAGCGAGGCACCAGCGUCUGCACGCCUACGACACAAAGAAGUUGAGCGGCUUGAAACAAUGCGAACGCUACAAUGCUGUCACGUUAUCUCCGCAAUUUUUGUUGCAAGCUUUUGAGUUCAACAGUCUCUUUUUGAGGCUAUGACAGAAAAGAGAGCAGAAAAAAAAGAAGAAUGAGAAGAAUAAUAACACUAAACUAGGAGAGACCAUGCGCAGUUUCUUGUUUCAGGAUAACUGAGACGUAACAGCUACUUGCUUCUUUGCUGCCCAGGCGAGAGAUGCUGAAAGGCACCUCGCCUGGUUUUGCAUACUGCAGGCGCUCUUGUCCUCUUGUUUGUGCUGCAGACGCAGUUUGCACAGCUUCCGAAUAAAAACCUAUCUCCAUUUUUGUUCCAAA